UCUGUUAUUAAAAACACCUUCAAAUUAAUGGUCAAUUGCAACUUAUCGACUCUAUUUGAAAUCAAUAUUGUCUCAAACUUUUCGUGUAUUAUACGUAAUGUAGCACCAUAAAAUGAUAAAAAUCGGAAACUAUACGUAAAAGAACACGUUAAAAUAAUAUGGAGAACACAGAAUCCCUAAAUCUACAAUAAUGCAUGAGACUAUUCAUAGGCAGCAAUGACUUAUAAGUUAAAUGUUUCUUAGUGCGCGUCCUUUACCGCCGAUUUAAGUAGAAAUAAAAAAAUUUACAAGUGUAGUAUAACAACAAAGUGACAACUGAAUAUUUAUUGUAUAAGCAACAACACUAUUUCGUUUUACACCUUGGAAUAAAAAUAUAUCUGUAUGGCAUGGUACCCUGUAAAUUUGAUUAUUUAGCAUGGAGAUAAACAAUAUCGAUUAUCCCUCUGGCCGCACGGUAUGUCCGAUAAUGUUUCCCCCUUUUACCGACUUGAGUCAACAUUUGACUGGUAAAUACAUAUUUAUAUCUUGUAAUUGGUAUUUUUUACCGGACAUUGGUCACUUUGUAACGUUUGUUUGCAACAAGUGACUGAAAAAAAAACUAUACCCUAAUAACUAAAUCACAUUCAUGUGUUUUGUUUUUCCUAAAAAAUGGCGUUUUCCCGUAUUACAAAAAUAUAUAAUCACUACAAGGUUGCAGAACAUGUCAAUUUUGUCAGUGUCAAUUUUUAUUGACAAAAUAAAAAAAAGAAACCCAGCUAUGUAUGUUGUCAUACAACUGUUACUUAUUUUACUUAUUAGAUAAACAAAUUUAUCUUUUAUGUGUAUCCAAACUAUUUAUUAUUGUAUAUGUAUAUGAUAACAAAAUGAGAAACAUCGAAUCCCUUAAGAACAACCAAAAAUACAAGAUUGAUAUUGUUGCAUGCUUUUAAUAGUGUAACGUUAAUUUUCGUCAUUUAUUGUGUUUUCAUAUUUUCAAGUUGAUAGUUUAACACGUGGAGGGAAGGACAUUGCUCUUAGUAGUUACAGCUCAACAUGGAAAGUUCAUAGGACAAUUGCAACCAAGGCUUUACGUCAUUACAUGAAAGGUUACGCUUUACAAACGCGCGUUCAUGAAGCUAUGAAGACAGCUUUUGUUGAGGUAGACAAAAUACAAGGCGAAUUCGACCCUGCAGAAUAUAUCCACUUUAUAGUGGGCAAUAUUCUCACUGGAUUAUGUUUCGGGGGAAAGUACACAUUUGAGGAUAAAGAGGUGGAUUUUAUACUAAAGAAGAAAGAUCUUCUCUUUGAUAAGCUUGGAAGUGGAGCAGUGGAAGAUUUUAUUCCAGGACUAAAAUAUAUUUACAAAUCAGAUGUCACAAAAGCCCUAAAAGAAUUCGCUCACGAUGUUUUUGAUGUUUAUAUUUCAAACAAACUAAAGGAGGCGGAGGAAACAUUUGAUGAAGAUAACAUACGUCAUUUCACCGACACACUGAUACUCGCACGUAAAGAGGCCCUCGCGGAGGAUGGUGCCGAUACUAAUUAUUUUACUGACCAGCGUCUAGUUAUGACUUUAGUUGACAUUUUUCUUGGUGGUAUAGAUACAUCAAGGUUCACACUACAAGGCUUGAUACUUCACAUGGUGGCUUUUCCUGAUAUACAAGAAAAGGUUCAAGAGGAGAUAGACAGGGUCGUUGGCAAGGACAGAUUACCAGGAAUUGAUGACCGUCCAAAUCUUAGUUACACAGAAGCUGUGCUACAUGAAAGUAUGCGUCUGUCAACAGUUGUUCCCUUAGGAAUACAACACAUGACUAUCUGUGACACUGAAGUGGGCGGUUACAAAAUUCCUAAAGGAACAGCAGUAAACAUCAACCACUGGGCCUUACACAACGACCCAGAUGCAUGGGAAGAGGUCGAGCGAUUUAUGCCAGAAAGGUACUUGGACGAAAACGGCAAACUAGGGCCUAAACCUAAGAAUUGGUUGCCAUUUUCGGCUGGAAAGAGAGUUUGCCUUGGGGAAUUUGUAGCAAAACCACAACUACAUUUGAUCUUUGCAUGUUUGAUGCAACGCUUCAAAUGGAAAAUGGUGUCUGGAAGGUGCCCGGAUAUGGAACAAAUUGGACACUUUGUAAAAAGAUACAACCCAAACAAAGUCAUUGUUGAGAAAAGACUUUAGACUGUACGAAAUAUAGAUUUACAUGUCGUGUAUCAUAUGGACAAUAAGUCAAAGAUAUUUUUAUUUUUUCUAUGAUGACCAUUUUGUGUAUCAGUUAAGCUUGUUUAUUGCUAAAUGGCGUUAAAGCUUUAUAAUAUGAGGUUUGUGCAUAUUGUUUGCAUUUUUAUAUCAUGUGUAAACAUAGGCAGACCAUUAACCUUUUCCUACGCCGGUCAUAUUAUUAAUAUUUACUCAUUGUGUAUUCCCAAUUUUUAUGUAUUCAGGUUUGCUUUUUUGCUACAUUCAAUAAUUAUGAUUCUGUUCAUUUUUGUAUAAGACAUUUUCCUGCUCACAUAUUGUUCAUGUUUUGUAAUCGUAUGUUAAUAUAACCUGUUUUUCAUUUCACGCAUAUCCAAACGAAAUAUUAAUCAUAUAUCAAUUAUGUACAAUUAAACCAAUUGAAUCAAUUCAUUUUGAGUUAAGAGGAGUUGCGUUCACAAGAUUUCGGGACGUACGGACGUUCCAACAUUUUGGGUUUAGGGGCUAUUUUCUUUGUUAUUUUCUUUGUUUUCUUAAGGGCUACUAGCCCCUAAACACUUUGAUCACGGAAUGAACCUAUUGUUC